GGGAUUGGUGAAGCUUUGGAGCACCUUGACUCUGCUGGGCUUCUAUCAGAACAAGGCGUGUGCCUUCAGAGUCCUACAGGUGUCUCCGUACCUUCUCUCACUGACAGGAAACAGUCGAGAGCUGCAGCUGGUCUGACAGAGGAGCCAUCAUCAUUUUCUCCAGGAUGACUUUCAGGUGGUUGAGCCUCUUUAGUAAACCUCGGCUCUGUCUGUCCUCCAUCGCAGCAGCUCCUCGCCCCUGCAGGCUGCUCCACAUCGGCCAGCGAGCCUCCCUCACCAAAGCCUUCUCCUCCCGUGACGUGGAGCUGUUUGCCGAGCUGACGGGUGACACAAACCCCCUCCACCUGGACCCCAUUUAUGCCCGCACCACCUCCUUUGAGACACCCAUCGUCCACGGCGUCCUCAUCAAUGGGCUCAUCUCUGCCGUGCUCGGCACCAAGAUGCCUGGCCGCGGCUGCGUGUUCCUGUACCAGGAGAUCCGCUUCCCAGCACCGCUCUACAUCGGAGAAGAGGUGCUAGCCGAGGCCGAGGUCCGCAAGAUCAAAAUGUCGUUUGCUUUCAUUGCUGUGACGUGCUCUGUGAAAGACAAGGUGGUGAUGGAGGGGGAGGUGAUGGUGAUGAUGCCGGAGGAUCAGCAGCAGAAGGGCUGAGGGGAAAAAGAAGAAGAGGAGGAGAGGACAAAGCAAGCAGCCACACAAUAUAUUCUGGAUGCAAUAUUUUUCUGCACAGUGGACUUGCUAUUUGAUCCUUUGUUUUGUUAAUUGAUCAAGUACUUGAACUCUCACUACUAAAGGAAGUAUGAGAGGACACUUAGGUUACGAGGAGGAUGUGUAACUUUAUGUUUUAUUGGUUAUCUAAAGAUUUACUCUGUAUUUUCUUUAAUGUGUGAUGUUUUAUGUGUAAUAACAACACAAAAAAUCUGCUUAUCUUUGGAGUAUUCAAAUCCAUUCAUGUGUGGUCGUCAACAUUUAGUAUUUUUUCAAUUCUUUCUCAGGUUUUUGUAUGUCAGUAGGUUACAGACUUAGAUUUCCUCUGGAUCUUUUUUAUUCGCAACUUUCAACUUAGUCUUGCACGAAUUGGUACUUUCAAACAUUUUGAAUAGUUAUGCAUCAAUUCCUAAGCACAUACUGCCCUGAUUCACAGAUUUUACACUAUUCCAAAGCGAUUAUACAGUAUAUGGAUAAACAGCCCUGGCUA